AUGGAAUCCGGGCAGGGCAUCCCCAAGGGCGGUGUGAAGAAGAUCAUCCUCACGGGCAGUGGUGGCACCUUUCGAGAGAUGUCCUUGGAGGACAUGAAGAAGGAGGAUCCUGAAGUGCUCCGGAAGCGUUCCACAACACACCCCAAUUGGGACAUGGGCGCCAAGAUUACCGUCGAUUCGUCCACCAUGAUGAACAAAGGCUUGGAGGUCAUCGAGGCGCACUGGCUCUAUGGUGUAGACUACGAUGACAUCGAGGUGGUGAUCCACCCGCAGUCCAUUGUGCACAGUGCGGUGGAGUGCCAGGACACCGCCAUUCUGAUGCAGACCGGUUGGCCAGACAUGCGCCUUCCCAUCCUCUAUGCGCUGUCGCACCCCUCCCGUGUGCCGGCAGACCUGCCGAACCCCCGCGACGGGCGGAACUUCGACGACUGGUGGAUCGGUGAUGGCAAAGAUGGGAAGCUGACCUUCGGAAAGCCCGAUCUCGAGAAGUAUCCUUGCAUCCGACUGGCCUACCGUGCUGGGCGGAUUGGAGGGACAAUGCCGGCCAUCCUCUCGGCGGCCAACGAGCAGGCAGUAGAGCUCCUCCUCACCAAGGCGCGAGCGUCGCUCGUGUCACUCCGUUGUUUGUGA